GGCUUCCGCUGUGGCUGUUUCCUCCCCGCAGAACACUCCUGCCUUCCUCACCGCCAAGUCUGGACUCAAACCUCACCCCCUCAAGAGGCUUGCCCAGACAGCCUUUUAAAUUCUGCAAACUGCCUCCCACUGCCACCUGCCCCCUUACUUUUUGUGGCCUUGACCUUUCAACAUACUACAUGAUUUGCUUACAAUACUUGUCUGUCUUGCCUUCACCAGAAUGUAAGCGCUCUACAAAGGCAGAGGGAAGGCUAUCUUGCUCUCUGAUGUAUCCUCCAGCCCUUAGAACAGUCCGUGGUACUUAGCAGGUUUUCAGUACAUCUGUGCCCGGCGAUGGAAAGAAUGAAUGAAUAGUGACACCGAAGAUCGCGGCCGUAAGCCUCUGGGCACGGGUGCCCCAGGGCCUGGCGGAACGCUCAGGGAACUACAUUUCCCGUGAAGCUCUGGGCGCAGAGGGCCGCGGGGGCUGCCGGGAAAGGCAUACGUGCUUAAUCCUGGUGCAGGGGGCGAGCAUGGCCGCUCCGCGAGUAUUCCCACUUUCCUGUGCGGUGCAGCAGUAUGCCUGGGGGAAGAUGGGUUCCAACAGCGAAGUGGCGCGGCUGUUGGCCAGCAGUGAUCCACUGGCCCAGAUCGCAGAGGACAAGCCCUAUGCAGAGUUGUGGAUGGGGACUCACCCCCGAGGGGAUGCCAAGAUCCUUGACAACCGCAUCUCACAGAAGACCCUAAGCCAGUGGAUUGCUGAGAACCAGGACAGCUUGGGCUCAAAGGUCAAGGACACCUUUAAUGGCAACCUGCCCUUCCUCUUCAAAGUGCUCUCAGUUGAAACACCCCUGUCCAUCCAGGCACACCCUAACAAGGAGCUGGCAGAGAAGCUGCACCUCCAGGCUCCGCAGCACUACCCCGAUGCCAACCACAAGCCAGAGAUGGCCAUUGCCCUCACCCCCUUCCAGGGCUUGUGUGGCUUCCGGCCAGUUGAGGAGAUUGUAACCUUUCUAAAGAAGGUGCCUGAGUUUCAGUUCCUGAUUGGAGAUGAGGCAGCAACACACCUGAAGCAGACCAUGAGCCAUGACUCCCAGGCUGUGGCCUCCUCUCUGCAGAGCUGUUUCUCCCACCUGAUGAAGAGUGAGAAGAAGGUGGUGGUGGAACAGCUCAACCUGUUGGUGAAGCGGAUCUCCCAGCAAGCGGCUGCCGGAAACAACAUGGAGGACAUCUUUGGGGAGCUUUUGCUACAGCUGCACCAGCAGUACCCAGGUGAUAUCGGCUGCUUUGCCAUCUACUUCCUGAACCUGCUUACCCUGAAGCCUGGGGAGGCCAUGUUUCUGGAGGCCAACGUACCCCAUGCCUACCUGAAAGGAGACUGCGUGGAGUGCAUGGCGUGUUCAGACAACACAGUUCGUGCUGGCCUGACACCCAAGUUCAUUGAUGUGCCAACCCUGUGUGAAAUGCUCAGCUAUACCCCUAGCUCCAGCAAGGACAGGCUCUUUCUCCCAACACGGAGUCAGGAAGACCCCUACCUCUCUAUCUAUGACCCCCCUGUACCAGACUUCACCAUUAUGAAGACGGAGGUCCCUGGCUCUGUCACUGAAUACAAGGUCUUGGCACUGGACUCUGCCAGCAUCCUCCUGAUGGUACAGGGGACAGUAAUAGCCAGCACACCCACAACCCAGACACCAAUCCCUCUGCAACGUGGUGGCGUGCUCUUCAUUGGGGCCAAUGAGAGUGUCUCACUGAAGCUUACUGAGCCGAAGGACCUGCUGAUAUUCCGUGCCUGCUGUCUGCUGUAAAGGCUGCAGCCUCCCCAGUUCUCCUCUGCCAGCCACCCUAAAUUCCAGCCAGCCUCACCUCCUCGGGCCCAGCUCAAGCCCCCUUCCUUGCUCUGGACCCCUUAGGUAUACCCUGGAAGAGCUGGGGUGGGGGAGGAGGGAGCAUGAAGGUAGUGACUCCUGAACACACCCAGGUGGAACCAUCUUUGGGGAGGAGAGGCCCGUGUGAGGGGUCUGAUACUCCCCUUGUCUUCCCUCUCUACUCCUCGCUACACCUGAGCCAGGCUCUUGCCAACUCUGUUCCAGCCUAUGGCUUUAGGCUAGCUGUUAAAUAUGUGACCCAGCAUUAGCUCAGCAUCUGUCAGAGCAAGAGACCAGGUAAUUUCUAAGAACAGGGUUCUAGUGCUGGGACUGCCCAUUUCCUCAGCUGCAGAGGAGGAAAGGGAAAGGGUAGGCCUGUAGACUAAUGCUGUUUACACGCUUGUUCUGUCAAAGCAAUUAAAGAUCACUUGUGUCGAG